GACGACUUUGCGAGCGUCGGUUGACGUGGCUGGCGUUGUUGAGGAUACCGGGCCGGUUUAAACUCAGUUCAGCCGUUGGGUGCGCGUCCUCCUCCGGUUAGCUGGUUAAGAAGCGGGUUCUUGUACGUCUUCCUUCUUGAGGCUCCGCCGUCUGGCUCUGUGUAGCUGCGUCAGGAAAUGUCGGGGAAAAUGAAGAGCAGGAACGCGGCGAACGCGGACUCGGUGCCGGGCAGUGUGUCCUGCGAUGAGCGCAUCCUGAAGGACUGCCAUCAGAUGUACAUUGAUACAGAAAGCGGAUUAAUAGCAAUAGCUCAGUCUGUUGGCGUGACUUUGCUGCCUCCCAGGAAGAAGAUCACCGUGAUGCUGAUGGGAAACCACUCAGCUGGAAAAAGCUCCUUCAUUAACUGGUACAUAGAGGAGCACAUCCAAAGGACAGGAGUCGCGAUUGAGACGCAGGGCUUCACAUUUGUUACUAGCGGGCGUAAAAGGGAGUCGCUCACGGGUAAUGCAACUCUCCACCUGUAUCCUCACUUUAAACCACUUCAGGAGUUUAAAGGUGUAUCUGAAUACGUUGGCACUGAGAUCUGCACUUCUCGGCAGAAGCGUUUCAGUUUGGUGACUUUUGUGGACACUCCUGGACUGGUGGACGGAGAUAUGAAGUACCCCUUUGAUGUGGACCAGGCCAUCCUUUGGCUAGGUGAUGUGUCUGAUUUGAUCCUGGUCUUCUUCGACCCAAUGGGACAGGCUCUGUGCAAACGCACACUCAACAUCGUGGAGCAGCUGAACGAAAGGCAGGGAGAUCGACUCCGCUUUUACCUCAGCAAAGCUGACGAGGCUGGAGGAGAGUCAGACAGACAGAGAGUGAUGAUGCAGAUUGUGCAAGAGUUGUGUAAACGUCCAGGACUCAACAAGUGUGGCUUUGACAUGCCUACCAUCUAUAUCCCCAAUCCCAACAAGCCCAGUCGAUGUGUCAAUCAGAUUGAGGAGGUGUGUCGCACCAUAGAGAAGACCAUAAACCAGACAGUGCAGAACACACUCAACACACUGGAGAAGGACUGCGAGCUCAUCUGCAAGGCUAUUACUGAUACGCUCAACAACGACCGGCAGUGCAGUAUGGAGAACAGGCGUGCCCGGUGUAAGAGCUGUGUUUUGAGCCUGCUGGGCUUCAGCGUGCCCUUACUGCUGCUCCUCGCUCUGGUGCUUGGCAGUCUGUCCAGAGAAGUGCUGGAGCUAGCACUGGGUGCUGAGGGCACUGAGACACUCUCGCUCUAUCUGGCUCCAGUAGUGAAGGCGUCUGAAUCUCUGUCUGUGGAAACACAGCUGUAUGUUUGUGGUGGCCUUGUACUGCUCUCCUUCAUCCUCCUUAUCCUCGCUCGCUUCUCUUCCUGCACAAGGCCAACUCUGUCCGGAAAACAAAAGAGGCAGUUGCAGGAAAAACUGGAGUAUGUGCAGGAGGUGGUGAAAACUAAAAAGAAAAAGCUGUAUGAGGAGUAUCUCCGGCAGAGCGUUGGUGAUCAGGAUAUGGACUAAGGUUUUCGGUUGAAGAUCUACUGGAGUGAUGAAUGGAAAGAGCAGUGAACAAGUAAAGAAAUCAAUAAGGACAUCAGUAACCACUAAACAUUCCUGCACUGUAGAAGAACAAUGGUAACGUAGACUCGAGCUUUCCAGGAUCACCCUCCAGACGAUACACACCAGCAUCUUUCAACACUGUUGGGGGCAGAAGUGAAUUUAUCAACUAUUUAUCAAUGUUUUUCUUUCCUCAUAUUGCCAACGCAAUGUGCUGAAGGUUGCUGUUUUGGCACGCACUUAGAACAUGUCCCAGCCAAGGCAUGCACUGUUCAGUAUUUUUUAACAAUCUUAUUAACCUAUCAAAUUCUCUCCACUACAACCUUACAGCAUUGCAUCAUGUGUUUUGAACCGAAUGCCUCGCACUGCCUUUAUGUGCAUCAUGUUGUGCAUCAGUUGAGCUAUUUUGAAGUUCUCAUUCCAACAUGAAGCUUAAAAAUGUGUACCUCACUGUAUCACUGUCUAAUUUUAACACAACAAAAAGAAGUGAUCAUUUAUUGUUUACAGUACAACAUCCAAAUGAAUCAUUUUACUAAACAAGAAUAAACAGUGUUUGUAUGCCUUUGUCAUUUUUACUGGUUUCUUAUUGUACCUCUGAUAAUAAAGUAAAAUAAAAUAUACAAUCUGAUCAAA